UAACUUGUGCGUGGUUUGGCCUGGUGUUUUGGGUGCGUGGGCGGCGUCCGUUGCCGUGGCUGUGUUGGGCUUGGCUUGCUCGGUUGGUGGCGAACUCUCCUACUCUCCUGCUUUCCCCGAUAAGGACCUUGUCUCCCUUGCCAUCUUAGAAUGAAUAUAACACGUUAAAAAAAAAAAAAAAAGAUGUCCUUCCUAAUUCAAAUUGCGCCUGGGUUAAGUCCCAGUGACUAUUUCUCCUACUACAAUUCCCUUCUUAUCACCCCCCUAUUCUUCCCACUAUCCCCACUUCUCCCUCCCCAUCUUUUCUCUCUUUGUUAUGUUAUGUUAUGUAUUUUGAGGCACAUUCGUGAGCUUCCUGUUAGACCGUUCGGACGUCGUACUAGCAGCUCUCAUCACCAUGACUGGCCGCGGCAAGGGAGGCAAGGGUCUUGGAAAGGGAGGCGCCAAGCGUCACCGUAAGGUUCUGCGUGAUAACAUCCAGGGAAUCACCAAGCCUGCUAUCCGUCGUCUAGCUCGCCGAGGUGGCGUCAAGCGCAUCUCUGGUCUCAUCUACGAGGAGACUCGUGGGGUGCUCAAGGUGUUCAUUGAGAACGUUAUCAGGGAUGCUGUCACCUAUACCGAGCACGCCAAGCGUAAGACCGUUACUGCCAUGGACGUUGUCUACGCCCUCAAGCGUCAGGGCCGUACCCUGUACGGAUUUGGUGGUUAAAUCGCUCCAUUAUUGAGAUGGUGCCAGCUAUUCAGCUUGCAUUAUCAUCAUUGAAUAACAU